AUAACACACUAGCUAAUCAGACUGAAGAUUUGAAUCGAAGAAAACGAAGAAGAAGUUUAAAUUUGACAAACAUUCGUUCAGACUUCAGAUCUAUCAUCUUCCCGUUGCUACUUCUACGGCGGCUCUCUCUCUCUCUCUCUCGAUUCCAGUUGUUACAGCCGGGAAGAAUACCUCCGCAAUGCCGCCGUCGCCCACUCAACCCAGUUUCAGUAUCAGUGAUAAUACAUUUGCUAAAGAGAGUAACUUGGAUCAUUGCAUUAAGUAUCUGAAUCAGACACUUGUUACGUUUGGUUUCCCGGCAUCGCUUGAUCUGUUUGCAAAUGACCCAGUCUCCGCUUCUCGUACUUGCAACUGUAUAUAUGCUCUUAUACAGCAGAGACAGCGAGAUAUUGAAUUCAGAGACUCUGCUAAUGAACAGAGGCAAAGAUAUUUAUCCGAUAUUUCAAGAUUAGAAGCUAAAGUGGAGAGAGUUGAAUCUGAGUUAGCUGCAAAGGAUAGAGAAAUAGCAACCCUAUCUCGAAAGGAAAGUAAAGCUACUGCUACAUUUAAGUCACAAGUUGAGAAACUACAGCAGGAGCGAGAUGAAUUUCAGAAAAUGGUUAUUGGAAAUCAGCAAGUACGAACCCAGCAAAUACAUGAAACGAAGAAAAAGGAAAAGGAAUACAUAAAGUUGCAGGAAAAGCUCAACCAAGUUUUGAUGGAGAAGAAGAAAGAAUCUAAAUCUGGCAUGGAAAUAAUGAACUUACUUCAGAAAGAAGGACGACAACGUGGAACCUGGAAUGGAAAGAAAGCUGACAAUGACUUCUACAAAAGAAUUGUGGAUGCUUAUGAGGCAAAGAAUCAAGAACUAGUGGCAGAGAAUGCCGACCUGAAAGCAUUAUUGCGUUCUAUGCAGGUGGAUAUGCGUGGUUUCUUAAAUGGCCCAAAUGGUUUGUCCAAACAACCUAUUACAGCCCAUGAAAGACUUGAUUCUGAUUCUUCACGUUCACCAAUGAUUGGGAGGACGGAUGUCUUUGACAUGCCAUUUCACAUGGCUCGAGAUCAAAUAGAAGAGAGCCUCCGCACAAAAAUGUCAUCUAUUAAGGAACGCAUGUUUCAGCUACAAGAUGCACAAAAGGAAGCAGAAGUCACUCCUGAAGUAUCAGAAAGAGAGCUUGAUCUUGAAGCUCAACUGGUUGAAGCAAGGAGCAUAAUUCAAGAACAGGCAUCCAUAAUGUCUAAGCAUAUUUCCAAGUCUGAGAAGCCAAGGAGACUCUCCUUAAGUUCUGACAGGGAUUCACUUAUUCCAUCGCCUCGUUAGUAGCUGUCAGAUGAGAUGUUGGGUUGGUUCUUCUAUAUAUGAGCAUGUGAUUUAUCAUUUUAUAUAAGGUAAUUAAUUCUCUGCUAGUCAUUAAAUCAUCAUCAUGAAUGUGAAAGAAAGCUAAAUAUACAGCACUUGUAAUGCAUCUUUUGCAAACAUUGCUUUUGAAUGCUGUUGUCAAACAUUCCAAUUAGUCUUUUGACAAUCAUCAAUCUAAGUACUUUCACC